CUGAGUGAUCAACUGGGUAUAUCGCCGGUCCAUCUCGCCCUUGUCUGAUCACAGACAAUGUCCAAUUCCACGGCCAGCAUGGCCAAUGGCCAUGCAGUGCCUCCCUCGCAUCCCGCCCCGGACAUCUUCAAUGCCAGCUCCGUUGCCGAGAUCAAGGCCACCUUGUCGCACCUGCACCACCAGGAGGCCUCUGUUACAGCUCGCCUGGAUGCCCUCGUGGCCUCCCAGAAGGAUUUCUCUCGCGAAUUGGGCCGACUCGACUUACUCCGCGCCCAUCUCGGUUCCCAGACCAGCACCACCCGCGCCAUCAGCCAUGGCAUGCUGGCCGAUGCCGCAACCACCGCCGAUCGCAUCUCCAGCGCCGUCCGUCGCCUUGAUCUAGAACAAUCCCGCGUGAAGGCAACCCUGGAAGUGGUGGAACAGGUCUCUGAGCUCAAGGCCUGUGUGCUGGGCGUUGCAGGCUCCAUGGGUGCGCCGCAGGACUGGGAGACCGCCGCCAGCUAUCUGAACCGGGCCUCUAAGAUCCCCCCGGAGGUCGCGCAGGGGGCCUUUGCCGCGGAAAUGGUGCCGACGGCCGAGGUGCCCGAUCCGCCAAAUGUCACGCUUGAUAACGCCGCGGAAUCGCUCUGUGGCUUGUUCCUGCGCGAAUUCGACAAAGCCGUCAAGGAGAACAACGGUGCCCGCAUCACACGCUUUUUCAAGCUCUUCCCCCUCAUCGGUCGGUCCGAGGUGGGUCUGGAUGUCUACGGCCGCUAUGUCUGUCAAGGCGUGGCGGCGCGAGCUCGAUCCAACCUCAACGCCGGCACAGGGGCUUCGCCAAGCAAGGACGGCUUCUUCUACGCCAAUGCGCUGACCAAGCUGUUCGAACAUAUCGCUCAGAUCAUCGAUGGUCACGGCGGCCUGGUGGAGCGUCACUACGGCCCGCGUAAGAUGAACCGAGUCAUUGAGCGUCUGCAGCUGGAGGCCGAUGUCCAAGGAGGCAUCAUCCUGGACACUUGGAGCGACGAGCGCCAUGUUGACCGAAAGCUGACCGACACCAAGUCCUACGCUUUCACUUUCCUCGUGCAGAGCUUCCUCCCUCCGCAGCGCAGCGGAACCCCCCGGUCCAACUCGCCUGCCGUACGCGAUGCCGCUGCAGCCGAUGAUGAGGGCGUAGAUAUGAAGGAGAUCGACGGGCUCCUCAACGAGAUGGCUGUCAUGCUUGGUCGCUGGUCUCUAUAUUGCCGGUUCCUGGCCGACACCUGCAAUCCCCCGGAAGCGGAUGAUGACCAGAAGUUCGCCCUGCCGCGAUUCCUCCGGGAAUCGACCCUGGCGAAGAAGAUCAACGACCGCCUGGCCUCUCCAUUCAACACCAUGACCACAUUCUUCUUCCGCCGGUCGGUUGAGAAGGCGUUCCAGCUGGACGAACAGCCCUCCGGCCUGACCCUCAACCCGCAAAGACCGCUCAAAUCCGAGCCGCCACACAUCACGUCCGCUGUCGACGACAUCAUGUACAUCGUCAACAAGGUCCUGCAGCAGUCUCUCGUCACAUCGCAAAUCUCCGUCGUCACCAGCGUCGUGCCCACGCUCUCGCGCGUCCUCGGCUCCGACUUUAUCGGCAUGACCCAGCGCAAAAUGCGCGAUGAAUGCUACCCCCGCGCCGCCGUCCAGGGCGGCCAACCUCCCGAGCAACUCGUCAUCUCCUUCCUCGUCCUCAUCAACAACCUCGACGUCGCCGUCGACUAUGUCCGUCGCAUCCUACAAAACCACACCGAGCCCAAAAAGUCCAUCAGCCCUGAUGGCCAGGUCGAGGAGACCGACCCUCUGCGCUCCCUCUUCCCUGUCCCGGAAGAAGCCCGCCUCGCCACACAAACCCUCCAAUCCCUCUCCGCCUCCUUCGAGUCCAAGGUCACCGACCUCCUUACAGACGGCAUCCAAGUUGUCUUCAACAACGUCAUCAAACACCGUCUCCGGCCCAUCCUCUCCGACGCCUUCCGCGACAUCGAGUAUCAACCCCGCGAAGACACCGACCCCACCCGCACUGUCUACGAUGACUACGACUCUGAUGAUCCGGACUACAUGGCCGACGGCACCGUCCCUGAUGACGACGACCCCACCAGCCGCGCAGAGCUCGUCCGUCCGCGCUUCGCCGCCGCCUGGACCGAACUGCUCCUACCUCUCAGCCGCAUCCUCACCGCAUCCGCCUUUGACCGUCUCCUCACCGUCACCAUCGCCUACCUCUCCCGGCUCCUGGAGAAGCGUCUCUGGUCUUACCAUGGCCGCGUCAACGCCCUGGGCGCCACCCGCCUUGAGCGUGACGUAUCCGGGGUGGUCAGCGCCGCUGUCGAUGUGGGCGGCACGCAAGCGGCACCAGGGCGGUACCGGCACCGUGAAGCAUUCACCCGGUGUCUGCAGAUGGUCUUGGUCAUGGGCAUGGACGAAGAUGAGUGGGAAGAUGUUCUCCGAGGGGGAGAAACAGCUGAAGUGGUGGAUAAGCUGAGUCGCGAAGAGAGGAUGAGAGUGAGAGGGAUGGUGAGACGGGUUUAAAUCUCUUUCACUUUUCACCUUCCACAUUUCUUCAUUCUCCCUAUUCGUCAACGACCUUCUUCUCAGCAAAGAGUCAACUUCUUGCCCCAUGUUACCUUUCUACAACCGCAUAACAUGAUCUCUGACAGCGUCAUCUUGUUCAAAAAUACAUACGUAUUGCUUUCUCUUGUACAUAGUAUCUAUGCAUAUCACACAUACCAAGCAAGUCAUCUU